AUGUAUAUAGAGAAUAAAAAACUAAGGGAUCAUAUUACUGCAUUGCCCGCCUACAAGAAAGUAGAGACUGCAUACAAUCUUGAAAAAGCAGGAGUUUACUAUCUGCAGCAAUGGGAUGAAUUCACAGACAAGGAGAGUAUUCUUUUAAUGGCAAGGGGGAUUCUGAAUGCAGCUCUUAAUAUAGCAAAGGGGAAGGGGUUUGUUUCUCAGGAUGCUACAUCUGUGGUAGUGGAAGGUGUAUAUGAAUCUGUGUAUACUGCGACAUGGCACUAUGUGGAGGGUGUUGGUGGUAGGGGAUUCGGUAUGCAAGUGAAAGAGGGCCAUCCACCGCAACUGUGGACAGAGAAUGAGGUGAUGAAGGGUUCUGUAGAGGAUGAUAAUGAUAAUGAGAAACCCGAGGAUGGACGUCUGGAGUUGAUGCUGCUUACCUCCAAGAAAGGAUGGUCAUACACAGGGUUCAGUAUGAGGAAGAGCUGCGAUAUUUAUGUUAACAAGGAGGUGAUGCGUGUAUGGUAUAAAAUUCUAAAGAAUCUGGAUGAG